GCGCUUCCGGGGUCCUGGGAGUCAUCGAGCUCACCAUGGCGGCCUCCUUGGUCGGGAAAAAGAUCGUGUUUGUCACAGGGAACGCCAAGAAGCUGGAGGAGGUCAUUCAGAUUCUAGGUGAUACAUUUCCAUGUACCUUGGUGGCACAGAAAAUUGACCUGCCAGAGUACCAGGGAGAGCCAGAUGAAAUUUCCAUACAGAAAUGUCAGGAGGCAGCUCGCCAGGUACAGGGGCCAGUACUGGUGGAGGAUACCUGUCUGUGCUUCAAUGCCCUUGGGGGACUUCCUGGACCGUACAUAAAAUGGUUUCUGGAGAAGUUAAAGCCUGAAGGUCUCCACCAGCUUCUUGCUGGCUUUGAGGACAAAUCAGCCUAUGCACUCUGCACCUUCGCUCUGAGCACCGGGGACCCAACUGAGCCUGUGCGUUUGUUCAGGGGCCGGACCUCCGGACGAAUUGUUGUGCCCCGAGGCUGCCGGGACUUUGGCUGGGACCCAUGCUUUCAGCCUGAUGGAUAUGAGCAAACGUAUGCAGAAAUGCCCAAGGCUGAGAAGAAUACCAUCUCCCAUCGAUUCCGGGCCCUGCUGGAGCUACAGGAAUACUUUGGCAGUGUGACUCCUGGACCUAAAGGUGAUCACUUGGGCCCAGGAUCUGGAGCAAGCUAGCCAGAAACCUCCCCAUCCUAGAGGCACCCUUCUAAGGAUGCCCAGCAGGAGUGCCCUUUGCUAGCUGUGCUGGGCAGCCUCACCAUUCCAGAAUGGAAGAGCAGCUGGCUCUGCUUUGAGAAGCUCUGGGCAAGUUGAAGCCUGACUCUUGCCCCAGGAAUUCAGUGAUUGCUCCUGUAGCCUCUGGGCCUGAGAUCCCGACAGGACCUUAGGUGUUUAAAAGCAACCUUGGCAGGAUUGAAUGUGUGGGUAAGAACCUUACAGACAUCCUUUGAUGCUUUGAAAAUGCAGUAAAUGGAAAUGUGAAAGGCAUUUGUUUCCAAAAUAAAAUUUGCUUUGAGCCCUGC